GGCAAGGUUAAAGAGCGUAUAGAACGGCGUAUAGUUGCUUGAAGUUUUGUGGUUACGUUGUGAGCUUUGUGCUGUAGAAGGAAAUUGGAAUAUGAAAGUUGUUGUGGAAUAUACAUAAUUUGGUCACAUAAUUUUGGAUGGUGGUGCACAUAAUAUUUGUACCUCUUUUUCUGUAAAUGGUUUGAACAGUAGAAGACAUAUUUAUUGGUACAUGUCGAUGGGCCUUAUCGAUGAUGAACUCCAAGAAGUGAGCAAACUAUGUCAACAUGUGAUCACAGGAAGCAAACUUGUCUCUUGUGUCCAAACUAUGGUGCGUGUUGAAAUAAGGCGUACAACAUUUAAGCACAUUGUAGCUUGCAUUCAAUUUCCUAGUGACUAUCCCUUCUCACCUCUUCUUAUUGAAUUGAAGAGUAAAACUCUAUCAGACAAGCUGCUUGACGGUUUGACUAAUGUCUGUGAACAAGAAGCAAAGAAGAUUAUAGGAAAACCACAGGUACUUACAGUUCUUAAAUUAAUCCGUAACUUCAUUGAUGAGAAUCCUUUAUCAUGCUGCUACAGUGAGAUUUCAGCCAUAAAGAAGGAUCUUACUGAAGCAGAUGAAUUGAAACUAAAACAGAAAACAUCAUCUCUGAGUCUGAAGGUAUCACAAGGAGAAUAUUAUUUUAGGACUAGGAUUCUUGUUCCUGAUGCUUAUCCAGAACAUUCAAUCAGCCUGGAGGAUGUCGAAACAAAUUUUCCUCCUCUCUUUCAACGUUACUUUGUUGGACAAAGCAAAGAAAUUGCAAGGCAAUGCAUUGAGCCUCCACUUAAACCUAAAGCAAAGAACCAGGCCCCAUUUAGACCUACACCAUCACUACAGCCGGUUGUGUCGUUCCUGGUUUCAUCAGUUAAGCAGAUCCCACAAGAGAGUUGCCAGCUAUGUAACAAGAGUUGCCUUCCACAGGACCCAAUGCUGGCAGAAACAAGUGAAAAUGCAGACAGUCAUGUGGAGCGUGUUUAUUGCAGCCAUCUGUUUCAUCUCCAGUGCCUCAUUACCUACAUGAAGACUCCUCCUUUUCAGGGCGGUAAGAAGUGUCCUACAUGUGGGCAGCGAAUUUACCAUGACAAGUUGCGAGUGAGUGAAAAAGUUGCUGAAGAUCGAUGGGCUCAUCAGCAGGCAAGGGAGCGAGAACUGAAAGAAGUCACAGAGUUUCUUGAAUAGAAGGCCUUAUUGCUUACCGAAUGAACCACAAGCGAUGCUCCAGCAGUGAUGUCAUCUUAUGGUGUCAUUACGUUUUUUUGUGGAUAACUUGGGUUAUCUGACAAACAUUUGUUUACCAAGUUAAUAUCAGUGUGAUGGACUGCAGUUUUGCUGGUAAUAUUGCUGUUAUACAAGAUCUUUUGUAGUUAUUUUUAUUGCUCUUUUGACAAUGUAUUAAUCAUAUGGAUAUUUGAAUGUUUGAAGGUAAGGAAAUCAGUGUAUAUAAACGUGAAAGAGAAAGAUAUGAAUUAUAUUUGCUAUUGAAAAGCAUGGUGGAGUUUUGGUUGUCCAAAAUUAAUUAAAUUUAGUUUAACAUAACCAUAUAAUUUUGUUUUAAUAGAAAGAAUUUGAGUGUAACCAUCUCUAAAUAUGGAUUUUUUUUAUUUUAUAUUUUGUCCAUUACAUUUCCUCUUGUAGUGGCAUAAUGUAUUUCAUAUAUGGUGUUAUUAUUUAACCUUAAAAAUGAUGAAUGUUAAAUUAUAAUUAUCUGUAGAAAUCAAAGCAGGGUACGCAGCUUUCAUAUUUAGAUCUCACUCCAGCACAUUCAUCUUGUUUAUACAUAAAAAUACUCAUGUAUGUAAUUCACUGAUUAUUAAUGCACGUACAGUUAGCAUGUUGAGUUAAUGAUUUAUUUUAGUAAUUCAUACUUAUUGCUUUUUAUUAAUUUCUCAUGGCAAAAUCAUGUGAGUGAAUUCCUGUAGUGAUAGCCUUGCCAAGGGUUUGCCCAAAAAACAAGUAAGCCCUCCCAAAGUUGGAACACUAGGAGAGGUAUUGUAAGGUGGAGGGAGGAUAGAUACAUACAUACAUGGUUGUAAGAUGAACAGGGUUCAUGAAUGGUGGAUAUUUUGGGAACAUACUUUUCAGACAGAUACCAUUCAUAUUGGUACUUUGAGUUCACAGUGUUUUCACACACUAUCUGGACAUUUGUUGUGUAUGUACUGGUCUCGUGCAUACCGUAGCUACACACACAAAAUGUUCACAGCUUUUGUCAUAGCUGAGUUCAAACCUGGAGGCUAGAGACUACAGAAGUACAGCUUGCAUCCAAACUUGUCUGGAGAACUGCAAAUAGUACGUUUAAAUUUUUCAUGUACUAUAUAUGUGAAACAAUGCCAAAGGGUUAAAGACUGAGGAUGUGGUUACGUGCUGCCUGGUCAGGGCUUUCGUUCACCUUGAGGAGGCACUGAUAGAUGAGUAUGUAGUAUGAUGGAAUGAUUAAUAGGGUUAAAACUGAAGGAACUCAAAGUUUUACUCCAGUGCCACUUCAUCCACUAUGAAUCUCACAUGUCACCCAGGAUCAACCCCAUAUCUCUGUGUGAGAAGUAAGCUAACCAUAUGAACUAUGGCACAGCCUAAUCUGAUUACUUCUCACUUUUUAUAUCUCUCAUCAUUAUCAUAAACUAUGCAGGAUUAAGAUUAAUUAUCUGUUCCUAAAUCCUCUUAGUAUCUUGCAGGUUCUCUGUAUCCCAGUGGUGUAUAUUCCAGGGCUUGCUUUGAUAUUCUCUUUGUCUUUUUCUGAACCUUUGAUGUCAUUUGGAUGUGAGACUAUGCCCUAUAACCUUCCUAAAGAUUGCAGCCUGUCUUGCAGAAACAGCAAGAUUGACAUGAUGAUUACUUCCCACAGCAGGAAUACUCUGUUGCUUUAUUGUAUCCCUUUCAUAAUCUUACAAUUGUUAAUGCACCCACUUCGUUUGUGAGAAAGAUAAUAAAGAAAUAUUAAGGACAGGAACUGUCCUCUACUGAAGGUCAUUCUUCAACCCUUUUCAGUGUGAGUGCACUCUCUAUCAUCAUAGCAACUUUGUCAUUGCCAAAAAGAAAUAAGAGAGAAACAAAAGGAAUAUAGGAACAGAACAUAGCUGAAGCAAAGUGACAGUAUUAUCCAUGAAAAUAUUUUGUGAUUGCACUUCAGAAUUUUUGUUCUGUGCUAGAUGUCACUUAAGGUAUUUAAAAGAAAGAAUCAGUAUCCAAGUUGUUGAACCUAUAUGAGUCCAGGAUUUAGUCACGGGACUUUGUUGUGAUGCUGAUGAACUUUGGGGUUAAUAACAACACUGAAUAUCUCAAUAACCAGUGAUUAUUCAGGAACGACAGUGCACCAGGUUUAAUGGUAAAAUACAGAAAAGUGACAUACUGUAAUGUCAUAUGUUAAUUUACAAAUUAUUUAUGUGGUGUCACUGUAUUUUUGUGAUUAGACUCUUUGACAUAUUGAGGGAUCCCAUUGUGGUUAAAGAUGAAGCCAUUAUUGCAUUGUAUGAGUAAAGAGAUAAAAUUACAAUAUUACUGAUGCCAUUGUUUUGUUGAAAGAACUUUAAUAUAAAUGUUUUUCCUAUCAGAAGUGAAAUACAAUCAAACAGGAUAUAAUAAGCCUUUUUUAAUGGAGCAUCUGUCAAUCUCUCUCUAUUUUUUAAGAAUUUUGAAAAUUCUAUUGUAUUGCAAUGUGCAACUGUAAAAGAUUUUUUAUAAUGUAAUGUGUAGACUUCUGCUAAUACUUAAGUUAUUUAUGUUAUACUGUAUGUAGUUUUGUAUCAGUAUUCAUGUAAAUGGGAUAGUUGAGAAUGGCUGGAGUACUUGUAGACAAAUAAUCAUCCUUAGAGAGAACAUUAAAGUUUGUAGAAAGUAGUGUUUUCUAUUGAUGGAUAUGCCACGGUCUCAUGAAAUGCUGACUUCUCAUCAUAGAGGCCCAUGUUCACUACAGUACAGUCUGUGGAAUUUGUGAUGGGACAAGUCAUAGGGAGGAGAUUUAUUUCUGACUAAUUUGAUUUUCCUGUGGGAUAUGUUGUAUCACUCCUGUUUCUCUUCUAUCUCAUUUGUAUGUAUAUGUUUUACCUUACCAAGUUCUCCUUUGUUUAAUAGACAUAGAGCAUGCCACACUUUGAGUAAUAUUUCAAGUUCCUGCUGAUUCCUCAUAUUUGUUCCGUUAGAUUAUAGCUGAAUCAGUGGUGUGUGAAUGUAGAUUUAUAGGUGCAUCUGCACCAGGCAUUGUUUGCAGUCAGUGAUAUACAUAGUUGUGGAACAUGAAUGAUGCUGUUUGCUUCAUCUUCUAACCUAAAAGGGGUUGUGUUUGUGGGGUCACAUUUGUUUGUUUUAAAUUGUAUUUUAAUGUAAUUUUGUGUUAGGAGGCUAGUGA